AUGGAGCUUCUCGACGAAUAUGGAUGGCUGCCUCUGAUCCGAGCCACGUACCAUGACGAGAACCUCACCAACAACUGGUACAUCAAGAAAUGCUCCCUCGAGCACUGGAUCAUGUACUGCGACGAGAUCUUGCCUACUGUCGAGCCGGCGAUACUCAAAGCCAUUUGUCGUGGAGACGUGAACGCCGCGGUCAAGGGCGAUGCCGACCUACGCAAGAUGCUGCAAAAGUACGAGGAACGUCCCGACGGCAUGCACGCCAUCUACCUGCGACAGAUGACAGUCGGUAUCAACGAAGAGGCACUUCUCAUCGAUGAGGCGCGCCGUCUUGCUUCGAUCGCCAUGCAGUACGCGAAUCAAGAUAGCUCUGACACCGCCGCGGACGAGGCCUAUGCGAUCGACAGGGUGGCGUGCGAGGCCGCCUGGCAUAUCCGUUACACCAUCAGUGGACGGCGUCAUUUCAUCGAGGGCAGCAAUGGCGACGUCGACCCUGAAAAGAAGCGUGUGCUACAACGCUUUUCCCGCACUCUCACUCGUCUUGCAGACCAGGCUGAAAAGGAGAACAAGACACACAUCCCCUUCCUCCAGGACGUCGGCUACGCAACCAAAGGCUUAAAGGAUGAGCGGAAAUAUGGGAACGGUCGAUCAGGUACAAGUUGGCUGUUCUUGUUCACCAAAUACAUUCUUGAGAGCUGGAAAGACAUCUCUACUGUGAAGAUGCACCACUUCACUAUCGCUCUCAUCGUCGACGUUUCUUUAGGUCCUGUUGGCCAGAUGCUACUUAGUCGCCUCGCCCGCGCGUACUACUUCGCUGGCGGCUUUACGAUCAGCCAAGCCGGUACCAGUAUGUCAAUCCUGGAAUUGCUUUACCGAUCUGAAGUCGAGCGUCAAGAGAUGUUCGAAUACAUUCGACUUCAAUUAAGCAAAGACCGCAUUGAUGUCGAGCAGUGA